UCCGAAUUUAGUCUUGUAAGGCGAAAAACGUCAGCAUCAACAGAAACUUUGAUUUGAAGAUAUCCCGUAAAAUAGAAAUGAUAAAUAUACCAAUAUGAGCUGGUGGGAUACAAGUGGAUUGACUAACUUUGCUUCGCAGGCUAGCCAGGCAUUAAAGAAUGCACAGAAAAAGAUUGAUAAAGUGUUGGAUAUUGAUGAAGGAGAUGCAUCAGGUCAAACAUCACAACAGAGUAAACCAACGGAAGAAGCAUCAACGUCAUGGUCUACUGAUUCCUGGAAUUCCUGGUCUAUGUCCUGGGAUACACUGCAAGACAAAUCAUCUACAGAAAAAACUUCAAAUGUAAAGCAAGAGAAAUUAAAAAGUGAAAGGUCUAAAACAUCUCGAUUAAAACAGGAUGAAGCAUCAAAGAAUGAAUCAUCUUUAAAAUCCACUCAGUUGACAUCUUCAGAUUCUGUAAAAGUAAAAGAACUUACUCACUCUGGAGAAACUCAAAGUCAAAAUCUUGAAAAGCAAAUUGAGAAUUUAUCUGUGAAAGAAGAAAUAACUAAGCCUAAAAGUUUAAGUGUUGAAAUAAGUGACAAUAGAAACCAAUCAAAAAUGGCAAUCCAUACAGAAAGUGAAACAGACCAAUCAGCUGACAGUUAUGUGGAAACACAUGAUACUUCUGUAGAUAUGAAGUCUAUAACAGACACUGAGUCAAGUUCUAGUGGUAAUAUAUUAACUGGUUCUAUAAAAGGUAAUGCUGAUAGGUUAUCUCCCUUGUCAGUAGGAUCAGGGGAGACAAUGUCUACUGAUUCUCAAAGUUACGAAAAAAUACAAAACCCUGAAAAAUCUAACGAGGAUGUCAUUUCUUUACAUUCCGCUAGUAGUAAUAAUGAAAUCACUGACUCUUCUGUAAAUGUGGCUUCUAAAAUAUCAGAUCUAAUGACAAAGUCAGAUUCAUCGCCAUCAAAUGAAAAAUCAGAAGAUUCAGAAGAAACAGAUGUAAUUGAAAUGUUGUCAACAAGUAGUGUGGUUAUAGGAGAAGAUUCUUCAGUUCAAGAUAAAGCUGUCAUUUUAACAGAAAUGACUCCUAGUGACUGUCCCCAAACUCAACAGUUUGAUUCUGUUUGUGAGUCUUCUAACUUUAUAGAAUCACAUUUCACACAACCAGAUAUUGUGAAGUCUUCUGAAAUAAUAGUAUCAAAUACUGAACGAUCAGACUCAUCAGAUAUUAGUACCCCUUAUAACACUGAAUCUAAAGAUAUCAAGUCAGAGGAUGAAGGUAUCAUUGACCAGAAUUUAGGUACAUCAGAUAAUUCUGUAGAUCCCGAGGAAAAUUUAUCAAUAGAUUUUCCGCAAUCAUCGACAAAUUAUAUCACUACAGAAGAUAGUGUUUUAUCGGAAACAGAAAAUGAAGUCCCUGUCAGUGACAAUGUAACAACAGAAACAAUUGAAGGCAUAACUGAGGAUACAUCUAAUGCUUCUGCUCUAUCUCCUGUUGGACAUCAUGUUAGGAAUAGUUCACUGGAAUCCCACGACGACCAACCAUCAAGUCCAUUAGCGACAAGUUCUAGUGGAGAGGGUAGUAAGUUAGACAGUAGUGUGGAUACAGAUGAUACUGUUGUCGGUUAUAGUGCUAAAGCAGACAAUGACAGCAUUGGCAGUGUGUCACCCAGCUCGUCUUACGUUAAAUGUAUGAUAGAGGAGGCUAUGGACGAUAACAUGAAAAUGGAGGACAAUUCUAGUGAUGGUCAUUCAGUGGGCAAAUCUGAAUGUUCACGUAGUACUGGAGGCCAUGAAUCAGGUGAUGAAGUAGAUACUACUACUUCUUCUGAUAUAGAAAUCAUCUCUACACCAACUUCAAAUGGUGAAAACAACAAAUUCAUUGAUUUGUCUCCCUUGAAAAUAGCUCUUCAAAAAACAGCUAGAAGGAAUGAUGGUUCUCAUAGAAGGAAUGACAGUCAUGAUAGUCAAUCAAGCAGCAGCUCACACAGUCGAGGAGAACAGAUGAGUCCUGGCAGGGAUACCGACUCCAGUGAAGAUGGUGUUGAAAUGAAAAUAACAAGUGAAGAAGCUAAAGCUCCCUUGUGCAGAGAGUUACCUCCCCUUGAUGAAGAAGUAGCAGAUCCUUAUAAUACACAAAAGUUAUUGAAGUUAACUAGUAUACCCGAACUGGAUACUGCCAAUCACGACAACGUUAACCAGAAACUAGCAGAGAUGGCUGAAGUGUUGCAGGCUAGAGAAGACAAACUUAUUGUCCUCAGUAAAGAAAAUAUGGACUUGGUGGAAACAAAUAAUAUAUUACGCAAUCAGUUACAUCAGGUUGAAGAAACACGAACAGUUGAAAUGGAGGAUGUAGAACAAGUGACGCACGAGUUCACUAAAAGAUUGUCUGAAUCGGAGAGGCUUUGUCAACAGGCCAUUAGGGAAAAAGAAGCAAUAAAGAAGCAGUUUGAAGAGAUGCAGGCAGAUUUUCAGAAAAAAUUGAUAAAACAAGAAAACUUUUUCAAGGAGAAAGAACAAAUUGUUACAGAAUUAAUGCAAGAAGGGGAGAAAUUGUCUAAACAACAAUUACAGGGUAAUACAAUCAUAAAGAAACUGAGAGCAAAAGAAAAAGAAACAGAUUCACUAGUUACUGGAUACAGAAAGAAGAUAGAUGACCAGACUACAGAAAUUGAGCAUUUAAAAACAUGUCUGGAUAGUAAAGAAGAAAUGGAAAAGAAACAAACAGAGGCUAUUAACCAACUGAAUACUGCUGUACAGAAACAAGAAAGAGAACUCACCAAAUUAAGGAGUAUAGAGUCAGAUGCAGGAGAGAGGGUCAGAGGACUACAAGCAGCUUUAGAUAACUCAUACAAAGAGAUAGCAGAGCUGAAUAAAUCUAAAGCUGCCUUAGAUAACCAGGCCCAGGCUGCUGCUCUAAGUCAGGGAAUGCAAAUACGGGAAGAACUGAAGGCCACAUUAGAGAGAGAACAAGUAAACUUUAAACAGGAAAGAGAAACAUUAAUCAUACAGAUAGAAGAUUUACGACUGAGUAUGCAACGUAUGGAAAAAGAACAUAAUCGUAGAGAGGACAUGCUUCGACAAGAAAUAUCUGAUUUACAGGUGCAACUACAAGAGGAUGAAGCUAGAAAUCAAGAUUUAAGUCAAAAUGUUACUUCAGCUACCCGUCCAUUGUUAAGACAGAUAGAAAACCUACAGUCAACAUUUGCACAACAAUCAGCAUCCUGGGAAAAAGUGGAGAAAAAUCUCUCUGAUAGAUUAUAUGAAGCUCAAACACAAUUAGCCAUGAUGACAGAACGAGAGAGAUCUGCUAGUGAGAAACUUAUGGAUAUAAAUACCCAGGUUGCCACCCUCGAAUCUCAGAACAGUCAUUUAAGACAAGAUAAAUCUCAAUUGAAUGCUCAGCAAGAAAUUCUAAAAUCUAAAGUACAAGUCCUUGAAGAUGCCAAGAAUAGUGAAGCUGCACAGCUAGAGGCUUUCAGACAACACGCAUCUCGUGACAUGGCUGAAAUCAGAAAGGAGAAGGUAUUUUUAGAAACACAGCUUGACAUGGAGAAAACCAAAUGUGAACAGGAAAAGAAAAAGUUCUAUUUAGCCCAAGAGCAGAUAACUCAAUUGGAAAGAGAUCUACAGAGACCUCAGUCUAGAUCCUCUACACAUUCCCCUGUGUCUAUAUCUAGAGCAGAAAGUGUUAGUAGUAUGACAGAGACACCCAAUGUUAUGUUGACUUCCUUCACAGAGGAUGAUAUAGAUAAACACUUCAUAUUAGGCACACCAAAAACCAGUUUGUAUGACAGCUUAAGACAAAGUGGUGCUGCUAACCUACUAGAAAAUCUACAGUCUCAACUGAAACUCAGAGAAGGAGAAAUAGCUCAGUUACAAAGUGAUAUUCAGCAACUAGAAAGAACAAGAGAGUCCAUGGCAAGAGAACUUGUUAAUUUAACCAAUCAAAAUGAAGCACUAGAAGAGAAAGUCCAAGAGUUACCACAUUUACAGGACCAAUUUAAGGAACUGAACCAAAGGUAUAAUGCCAUAUUACAGAUGUAUGGAGAAAAGGUAGAGGAGGCUGAUGAAUUGAGAUUAGACUUAAAUGAUGUUAAAGAAAUGUACAAGAUGCAGAUUGAUCAUCUGUUGGCCAAAUGAAUUCCAGACACACUGUGCAAUAACAUGGGGAUGUUUUUGCAAUAACAUGGGCAUGUUUUGCAAUAAAGUGGGCAUGUCUAUCAUUUCAUAAAUGGUGGACCAAUAAUUCCAUUCAGAAAGUAGCCAGUAAAACAGUAGUCUUAAACUGUUUUCAUCAGGAGAACUUAAGUGUAUAUAAAUUGGGAAAAACAAAUUCCUUGGUUUCCAUUGACUUAAAUGAGGGAUUGUUCCAUUCCAUUUGAAUUAUUAUCUGAUCCGUUACUUUCUGCUACUAUACUUUCAGGCAUACAAUUGGUUUUAUAGUACAGCCCUUUGGAUAGA